GAAAGCAAAUUAAUUAGAAUACUAGAAAAUGAAGAGCGUUGUUUUGGUAAUUUCAAUAUUUGUGGUUGCAUUUUGGUGUUCAUGCACUAAUGCUAGUCCUAAUCAAGGACUAUUGAAGUUAGUGUAUGACAUUAAUGGUGAAAUUCUCAGAUCAGACACCAGGUACUUUGUCGUAUCAGAAAAGAUACGAACCGGAGUAGUGCGAGGCCCCGUAUUAUUCAAUGGAGACGCUAACAUCGUCUGUCCCUUCCAGGUGAUGCAGUCCCCGCGUGAAUUUGACAGAGGUAUGUCAGUGUAUUUCAAACCAAAGGCACCAAAACAAGUAGAAAUCACUGAAUCAAGUGAUGUGAACAUUGAGUUUGAUCUUGGGAAUCCGACUGUUUGUAAUAACAACGUGUGGAUGGUGGAAGGUUUCCCAUUACAAUCAGAUAACCCAAUGUAUUUGUCAACAAACGGUAAAGCAGGCUAUGUGGCGUCAUGGUUUCAGAUUAAGGAAGUUGAAGGUAAUAAUUCCACUGAUUAUAAGUUGAUGUUUUGUCAUUAUGGAGAUGAAAACAUCUGCACUGACAUUGGCAUCGACCAUACUUCCGGACGAUUGGCCAUAAGAACAGGCAAUACCUUCAAUGUUGUCUUCAUUAAGGAUCCUUUCAUCGGUAUUAUAUAACCAAAUAAUAUCUGUCUAUUUCUACCUAUGUAUUCUCUAAAUAAAGCUACGCAUGCAUGUACAUGUGUAAAACUAUUUCUAUCUAAAUGUACUACGUAUUUCUCUGUAUAAUAAUAAGAAUACCCAUUUUAUUCAUAUUAAA